UAUAUAUUGAAUAAGUUUGCGUGUGUGCUUCCUCAAUAAUAAGUUAAGUGAGCACUCAUGUCUGGAAAUGAGAGUAACAAAAAUAAGGAGGUCCCUCUUUCUGCGAGAAAGACUCCACUUCUGGGGGCAAGAGGCCGAGGUAGGCUCAUGUUCGGCUCAUUCUAGAUGUAAGCUUAUAUUUAAGCAAUAGGAAACGUUUACCGUGUUUGCAUAGCCUGAAAUAAACACGAGAGGGGUUAGGAGAAUUCGAGAUGGUUAUCCUCUCGGGUUUGCAUAGCUUUCGAGAAAAUCUCCCAACCCUUCGAUUGUUUGUAUCAGGCCGGCUAUGCAAAUACAGGAAAAGUUUCUAUUGUUUUUAUAACCUCCCCGAGAAAAACUACAAAACUUUUUGUUAUGGCACUGAUUGAAAGAGAAAUUCUUGUACACAAAGUCUUGCAAUCGUAAUCAGUUUUUGUUUCACAAAAAAAGUUGCUUUCCAAAAGGAGUAAUUUCAGAAUGCCCGUCCACAUCAUUUUACAUUUGUCAGAAUGCUGUAAAGAACAAGGUAUAACACAAUACAAGGCACUUUUGUCAUUAAAUGAUAUGCAAAGAAGUGGCCGGGUAUUCUAAAAUUUAGCCUUCCAAAAUACGGAUUUUUCUCACUUAAAAUGUCAGCUUAAGAGAAAAAUAUUGACACAGUAUAUACCUGCUAACUUUUUCUGAGAUAUAAGCAUGAGAUUUUUAUCCUGGGAGUGCUGGGAUUUUUGAAGAUGACACGAUCAUUUCCGAAGAUUCCUGAAGAAGUCCGAAGUCUUCCGAAGACAUCCAAAGUCUGCUGAAGUCUGCUGAAGGCGAGCUUGCUCCCAGUGCUUUUCACUUCAAAAAUCAGAGAUCGCGAGGAAGAUAUUGUCAUUUAUUCAUUUUACACAUGGUUUUCGUUCCUUACAUGGGUCUGAGUUAACAUAUUUUUGGAAAUUGUGUCAAGCAAGACGGCAACAACUCACAUUUUUCAAUCAGGCGUGAGAAAUUGGCCCGCAAGCGUGAGGCGGCGUGAGAUGGAAGUUUUCAACCCGCAGGCGUGAGAAUCACGCCUAAGGUGUGAGAGUUGGCAGGUAUAACAGUAUGUUUGUAAAGAUUUUCUAAGUUUCAACCAAUGAGGGAAGGGAUAAAUAAGUAAACUUGUGGAGUUUUCAACUUAAAACUUUUUCAAAUUUGUGCUUGUGUGAUUAGCAGGCAAAAAGCAAAACAUGUUGAUGUAACAACCAUGUUUACUUACUCUCAUGCAAACUCACCUCUCACCCAAUCAGAGCGUGCGUACUAUCUUAGUUAUUUUACAAGAAGUUCUCAUUGAGAAGGGAAGUGCUGCCGUUAGUUGCGAAGCAAAUAGGACAAAGACAGUUUGUAGAACAGUUGAACGUAUAAAUUCUUUUUUAUUAACGUCGAUAACUUAGACUUGCUGGCAUUAUGAAACACUCAGAGCGUAAUAUAAAAAAUGAACCAAUCACAAUGACAAAUAUGCUUACAUUCAUAUGACUCACUAAGGUUUCAAUACCAUUUUGUAAUUCAUUUUAAUGAUUCACGAAAUUCUAAACAACAACAGUGCUGAUAGGCUGUUUCUUCAUCAAACAAUCAUCGUACACAGGAUCGAUGAGAUGAGUUGCGAACAAAUGACGUAAAGGCCAAAACUUGUUUAUUCACUGGUCAGGUAGAUGUACAGCACAUGCCGUUCACUUAUGUAACUUACAAUCCUGAUUACCGAGAUAACAAUCUGUGUGACAAAAGAAUACUCGCUAUAACUAAUCUUGAAACCUGAAUAAAAAAAUAAACCGAAAAAAUGUUCCGUACAAUACGUCUUGAACUGUUCUUACCAUUUAGGCGGUUUAAAAAGACAGCAAGCAUCCGAUAAACUAUGAUUUCUGCACAGAUCUUACAUGAGAGCAAAACAAAAUGGCGGGUUGCUCCUAAGAGAAAAACAGGCACGGCAGCUAAGCAAACCGCUGACUGCACAGCGCUUCAGUCACAGAUGACCAUCGAACCAUGGAACAAUGGAACCAUCGAACCAUCGAACCAAAAAUCUCAAAUGGAUCAAGAAUAUGAUCUGCUGCCGGCUGAUGCCCAGCAGCAAUAAAAAGGAUUAGACUAUGAGUAGUCCCCCAUUUUCCCUCAGGAAUAGUAGAGCAAGCAAAAUGUGAGCACCCAUAAAAAUCACCCCACAUGAGAGAGGCGAGAAGCGGUGGGGAGAGGGAAAAAUGAGGGACUGCAGACAAAGCCCAAGUUUUUGACCUUUCAAGGCCAACUGAUUUUGGAGUGUGAAGUUCUUAUCACCUUUCAAAUCAAUUAGGCACAUCCAACGGGAUUCCUCUUCUUAUUGAGCCGUUAUUGCUCUUGUCAUCGCUAACCUACACGUCAUCGUGUUCUCGUGAAUGCUACAGCCCACUUUCCUAAUAAAUAUAAUGAUUAUUAAUUUUGCCGAAUAAGUCUAAAGACAAACAAUGGACUACUCGCGAAGUCUAUUUGAAAUCUCCUGUUCUGUUUGUUCAGAAAAAAAUCUAAGCUUACGCGUGUAUUUUAGGAGCCACAAGCUUUUUGAUUAUCAAACGAUCUCUUACCUUAUUUACAAAGUGAUAAAAGCAUUGCCAAGUUACCAUAAUCUUUCCUGAAGGCAGGAGGAAACAGUUUUCCUUUUUUUGUGAUUUGGGCCCCUGUAAGUAAAAAAUCACACCUUAGAAAAUAUUUAUGACAUGCAAAACUGCUUUAAACAUCAUUGGUUUAUCAUCGGUUUACGUUUCCUGUUUUAACAAGAAAGGGCAAAACAUUUUGAUUUUCUAGCGAACCUUGAGCUGGUACCGGAGGCUAAUGUGACCAUCUCAGAAUAGUGCGAUUUUCGACCAGCUUGAAGCUAGCCAGUACUUAACAUUGUAAGUGAAGUUUCAGUUCAGGGUGAUCUCAUUGAUAAGCAACUAAAGUUUUGUUUCUAAGACCAAUUUCACAGGAAAAACGUGGUAAACUGAGAACUAUAAAUUAAUACAGUUGUGGCUAGAAAAAUUGUAUUCGGAGUGGGCAAAUUUGACAGUUUUAAAUUUAUAUCCGCUUGUGAUUGCCAAACAGUCACGCAUCACAAACUCUUCUGUUAUACGAGCAAUUUACUUCGUAUUUGGGCUAAUUUAAAAGUAAUAUACUAUUUUUCAACUUUUUUCUAACGUAUCGAAGCACCUUGACUGUAAAAUGCCUGACAAAAUCCUUUAUCUAACACGUUAUAAAAAAACACGCUUGUUAUGUAAUUCAAUACGUCCAUGAUCGUGUUGUCUGUCAUGUUGUAAAGUUUUGAACUUCAUGCCACUGAAACUGCCAAUUUUUCUUCUUUGUUCAUUUGCCAUAGUGUUAGGUAUAGACGCAAAAGCUUUUCCUUGCUUUAGAAAGACAAAUGUUCCCUUGUACUGCAUAGAACUCAAGAAAACCAGAAACAAACUCGUAAGCACUUCACUCCAGGACAUCGUUGUGAAGCAAAAGGUGUCAUUGUUUAUACCUGCGCCUCUGAUUGGUUUCGCGGGAAAAAUAGCCAGUAUCGUGACCAUAUAUAGGGCAGUAUUUUGUGUUUUUGUGUUUUCUGGUAGUUUUUGUGUCCUGAUUUCAUGUUUUCUCAUACAUGUACAUUGUGACAACUGCUAAUAUGGAUCCCUGGUAAAGAUUUACAUUUGUAAUUUUCACUAAUGACUUGAUCUCCUUUAUUUAACUUUCAGCCUUGUUCUCAAGACAGUUGCAAAGUGCAUCGCCCAGGUACUAUAUGAGGCAAAAUCAGUAGAUAUUAUUGGGACAGAGAGGAAAUCUAAGGGCAUUGGCUGAUAUAAUGUGACUUUUACUUAAGUUAGUUUUAGAGGUUGUUUUCUUCCUGGGGCAUUGUUAAAGUUUAAUCGAGUGUUUGAAACAUUAUCAAUCCAUACCUGACCACCUCAAUGCAAAAAUGCAGAAUAUUGAAAUGCUGACUGUUGAAUGCUGUCUUGACGACACUGAAUAAAAGUUUGCGGACCUCUUUGGGAACCAACUUCCAAUUAAUUUCAAGCGUUUAAUUUUUCCUAAAGUAACAUCGGUGACAUUUCCAUAUCCCAAGAGCUAGACUGGGCAUUUUCCUCCCUGUCCCAUUAUUAUAUCUUGGCAAAAUGUAAUUUUAAAAAGGGUUUAAAUUAAGACGUGAACCUCAAACCCCCGCCCCCUGGAACUGCAGCAGGUGUUAGGGACCUUAAGAUCCGAGGACAGCAAGGGCAGCAAAAAUGUUACAGAAAAAGUGAAUUCACUUUCUUUCAAUCUUCAUCGCGAUUACUCCAAGUCACUAACUUUUUCAAAUGUUGGCAUUUUCACGUCAUAGUCGUGGAGUGACGGUAAAGACGUGUACAAAAAAGCGUGAUGCACGUGCAAAAUUGUUGUUUUGGUUAUUAAACGUAUUGCUUUUUUGACGUCCUUGUUGCCAUCACUGUUGUUGGAUCUUAAGGUUCCUAUUGUAUUAUGAAUUACAGCCUACUUCGGCUUAUAUUUUGACUUUAAAGCUCACAUUACACGUCUUUGUUACGCAUGUAUUACAGUGUGUAAUGUUUUCUUUUAGUCCUGGCAGAUUGCCAUCAUUAAGACCAGCUAGAGACUUGACUCUUGGUGCUGCAAGUGGUAUAACCCCAGCAAAGGUAUUUAAUAAAACUACAGAUAAAGUUCCUUGCUCAAGUGUAUCACAAGAGUCCUUUAGUUAAAAUGAUGAUGAUGUGGAAUCCUUAAGUGAAUAUGAAAUAAUUAUAUAUCCUAUGACUGCUUGGACAGUUUUCAUCAGCCUCCUUCAAUUAAUUCUAUUGUUAUUAAAGAAAUAAUAAUUUCCUCUUUCCUCAGUGUGCAAAGAAAGAAGUGUCCGAUAGCCUGGGGCUAGUGAAUUUUGUAAUCGGGCUAGUAAAUUCUGUUUUUAACUUGCCUGACGGGCAAGUGAUGUUUUUUGAGGAAUUGGAAUAACAGAAGAACUGUGAGAUCAAUUCUGCUCAUCAAAAAACUUUUGGGGCUAGUUGAAAUGAUGUCUGGGCUAGUAAAUGCUAGCUUCAGCUUGCCCGAAUGGCUAGCUGUAAAAAUGAUUUUCUUUGCACCCUGUUCGGAGGAAUUUUCAAAACUGAGGAUAGAGGAAAAUUAAGACGGAAUCCAUGAGGAAAUUGAGUAAUUUCAGUUUUCAGUGGACAAAAACCUUGUACCAGAAUAAUUUACAUAAUAUCGCAUCCUUUUUAUGUUUUUCAAGGGCUAAAGAUAUAAUUAGUUAUCUGUAAUAACACCAAACAAAAUUUCUUGUAGGAGCUCGAGAAAAUGAACGUCAAAUUUCAUAACAUUACAUAUCACACAUGAAAUUUUCAGAAUUUUACCAGUGUUUUCACAAUAAUAUUCUUGUGCACUUUGACUUUCAUUUUCUCUGGCUGCCGAUGAGAAAUUUUCUUUGGUGUUACAACAGAUGACUAAUUACAUCUUUAGCCCUUGAAAAAUAUAAAAAUAAUGGGAUAUUGUUUAAAUUAUUCUGGUACAAAGUUUUUGUCCACUGAGAAUUAAAAUUGCCAUACUCAAUUUCCUGAUGGAUUCCAUCUUAAGUUUCAUUAAGUUAACCAGAUGGCUAGUUGAAAAUGUUAUCAAGUGAAAUUGAAUCUAAUGAGGUGCAAAAUUAACACAGCAGGAGUUGAACUUGUCCAGACUGGUCGACCACAUUGCCUCUCUCAGCCUAAUAAUUUUCCUUUUCUGUGUCAAAGCAUAGUAUUCCAUGUUUAAAAGUGAAAGUACAAGUGUAUUUGUUGAUUUCGUUCGUCUUUGAUUUCAUUUGUCUUUUUUGUGUUUUGUUUUUAUAGAGAACAUUCACUCCUAAUAUCCCAACAAGGAGAAUCAAACAAGAGUAAGCCAGUCACCGUUAACAUAUAUAAAAGCUUUUUUUUUUUUAAUUUCAGUUUAGUAGUUACUUUAUUCCUGGUUGUUCAAAUGCUGGAUAGCGCUAUCUACUGGAUAAAUCACUAUCCAGCGGGUAAAGUAUUAGGAAAACCAAUUAAUACAGGUUAAUAACGAGAUCCAUAAUAACAAUAUUAAGUGGGUGUCUGUAAAGCAGGGUUUGAGUGUCUUGAAAUCUGAGUUUACUCAUUCCAGGAUAAGGAAUGUUUUAAUGCAACAUGUGUUAAAUUUUUCAUAAAUUUGGUUUUGUUUUGUCUUUUUUUUAGGCCAAGAGAUGAACCUAACCUUACCCCAGAAGUAAGUUUUUUGUUUUUAGUACUAUCUGCUGCCUAUAAUUUUUCAAUUUGCCAAGAGAACUUUCUCUGACAGUUAUAUUUGUCAUCAGAGAUCUGGAGGACAAAGGCGGCAGAGAGGUGAAGGUAGAGGCAGAGGGCGUGGUGAGGGUCGUGGAAGAGGAAGGGGAGAGAGGAACAAGCCAACCAUUGUCCAGUCUUCGUCAAUCUUUUCUAUGGGAGUGGGUCCUGUGGAAAAGCAGAGAGUUGGUAAGAGAAUUUAACUGAAUGUUUUCCAAGUAAACAAAGAGGUUUUUGGUUGUAACAGAUGCCAACAACCAAACUAUACACACUUCCUGGUGCUGUUUUAGUUGUAUCUGCCAUGUAAGUUUUGCAUUAAGCAGGUCACCUGACUGAGAGCUGAAAAGGGCCAGUCACUAGAUAGGCCAUGGCUCUUAAUGAUAGGCCCAUUGAAAAGCUUUUUGGAAAAUACUUCUUAACACGCAUUUGCUUUAUGUCCAACACCCAGGAUCAUCCAUUCCAAAUUAUGGUUCAUCUUCAGGAGGCGGGGGAAGUGUGUCCAGUUUCACAGUUAAAAAAGAAAGGUAUCGCAAUAAUUUUUUUAAUUAAUACUGCGUCUAAAUAAGGUUAACCAACAUUAUUAUUCAUUCAAAAUAUUUCCUCAAUUCUGAUUGGCUAAAAGCACACGUAUAAUUCACCAUAACCAGUUACUGAUGACCAAAUUUGGAAGAAUUUUUUGUUUAACGAGGAAAUGACGACACAAAUGUAGCCUUCUACAGGUUAAUGCACCAUUAACCGAGAAGACCUGGGGAUGAGAUUGAGUUGUUUUUGUUGUAAAAACUAAAAUGGCGGACACUUCACUCGUUUCAAGAGUAAGAACUACAGCUGGAACUAGGCGAAAUAAUGGCUAAAAACAUAGCAAAAACAGCAAGAAGAUAACUCGGAGGGCGACAUCUACUAUCUGGAGAAUAUUUGUGGGGCUGGACGAACCUAAAUGUAAACUAUCAAAGAUAAGCUACAUUUUUAAACUAGGAAUUAUUUUGAAUGAAUAAUAAAACAAUUAUUGAAUUUGACUUUCGUAUCAUAUGAAGAAUUAUGGAGAUCUUGGAGGGUGUUAUGGCCGAAGAUACUCAGCCUCAUUCAUUAAUUGUUAAAUAACAACAAAUAUUACAUGCAUGUGCAACACUGACUUGUAUACACCUGUACCUUAUAUAUUACCUUGGCUGGAGCUGUCCUCAAUUUGAAACUAGUGAGUUGAGAAUGAGACUCAUUUUAUACUAGAGUGCAAUUUAUAUAGCAAUUUAAAAAAACACUUAUUUCAAGAUAUAGAAGACAAGUACUCCAGCUUCGCAGACCUGAACAAUUCGGAAAAAAUUUACAUUUCUUCUUAACAGUGUUGAUCCGUUUGUUUGUAAAAAACUCGCUCAUUAUGUUUACCAAUCAUUUCUCUUUAGAAACACACAUAUUAAAUAAGGUAAAAGCAUGUGAAAUAUAGAGAUUACUGAAAACUACAAUUAAUUUAAUGUGUUUGUUUAGUUUUUAUUAUAUUUUAUUCUUUUUAUUAUUAUUAUUACAAUAAAAUUAUUAUUAUUUUAUUGAAUAAUUGUAAUAAUUAUGUUAUAAUUAUUAUUAUCAUAAAAAUAAUUAUGAUAAUUAUGUUAUCACUGAGAUAUUAGCCCAGUAAUGCUCUGAUGACUCCAUACAAAUCCUUCUAAAUUUGACUUGGGUCUAAACAUUUAGACCCAAGCCAAAUUUAGAAGAAUUUGUAGGGCUAAUAUCUCAGAGGCAAUUUGCCCCACAAUGCUAGUUUUUUGCAAGUACACCUCUUGGAUGUUGUUCUUUCAGAAUAUCCUGACAAAUCCCGUAAUUUCACAAAUUUAAUUUUGUAUGACGUCACACUUUAGACAUCUAUUGUCACACAGUGGGUAUGUUUUGAAUUAUUCUAUUUUCAGUGCUGAUGGGGAUAAUGAUGAGGAAUCUAAAAGAGUUCUUAAAAUGCUUCAAACAAGUGUAAGAUAUUCCAGCUGUUACUACUUUGACUACUUAUGCUACAUUAUUAUUGCUUGAAAAGACCAAAAUGACAGUAACGUUAUAGGUCAUUUUCGAGUUGCCUCAAAUAUCUGUUUCAAAGCAAGGCUAAGUGGAAAACCAUUGAUAUAAAAAUGUUUUUCUAUUCUCAUGCAAACUAUUUUCGUAAGAAAGGUUUUGAAAUUGGCCUCAAUUUGAAAAUGAGAGUUUUUUGAAUUCAUAAAUCGUCUGUUGAAUAUUGUACACCAUCCAGUCCAAAGGGGCUGACAAAAACAUAUAACAAAGAGAUCUGACAGGCUUCGUAACCAUUCCACUUUAUUAACUAAGCUCGUACUCUUGGUUCAAACAUAAACAACCAACAGCAUUACCGGCAUGUUUUAUGUGCUAAAUGACUUUAAAAUUACCAAAAAAAGAUGCAAACAAUAUGUUAAGCACUGAAAUUAAAUAAAAUUUUAAUAAGCUAAUAAACAACUUGUGUACAUACAGUAUGAUCUCUACAUUGCUGAUCUAGCAGUAUGCAGGACGCAUGUCAAAUAUGAACCUAGUAUAUGGCCUCACUCUCCAUGAGUUCUCCGUAGCUCAGUGAAUAGAGUGGCACCUGUCCGGUGUUUGGGAGGUCAUAGGUUCGAAUCCUGUUGGGGACUCAGAUAUUUUCUUUGUCCCACACUCGUGACAUGCUGUUUUUUUCAUCUUCACAAUUUCUGUGUUAUUUUGAUGGUUUUUCAGGAUAGCUUACUCUGUGAUGAUCCCAAUGCUUCUCACAUUCGAGACUAACAGUCUUUAUGAUUUUUAUUCUUCUCAUAACAGGGUGAUAUUGAAGAUGAUGACAUGGAAAAUGAGACUGGUAUAAUGCCAGUUCAAUUGCCUUUCUCUCAUAUUGCUCUAAAAGCUAAGGAAAAGCAAGCUGAAUCUGCCUCAACGGAAGCUGAUAUAAAAGGUUUGUGUAUCAUAUCCUGCUCUUAGGGGGAUAUUCAGAUAAAUUUCCUCAAGAUGGGAAUGAGGCCAAAUUGUUAUACCCUCCAAAACACUCCAUCGGCUCAGACCGUGGUCAAAAGAAAGUCCUCUUAACUAUAGAUUAACUGCUUUCAAAAACAAGUCUGUGAGCCAUUUGCUUGUAGUUGGUCUUUUUUUUUGACAUAAAAUGAGAACCGUAUCUUUGCUUUCUGUUCUUCCUAUUUAAUAACUUAGUUUUAGUAUUCAAAUGUGUAAAUGGCUUAGCUCCGGAUUAUUUAGGUAAAUAUUUUAUUAAACGUUCAGCAGUUCACAACAAGAACACAACGGGAUGUAACAAUUUUGUGGUCCCUUGAUGUAGACUAUCAAUAGGACAAAGGGCAUUUUAUUUUCGUGGUCCAAAGGAAUGGAAUGGGCUACCUGACAAUAUUAAGAACACUAAAGAUAUUGAUAGUUUUAAGCAGAGACUUUUUAAUAAGAUAUUUCAUACGAAAUAAUUUUGAAUAUAUUUUGAAUAAUUUUGAAUGUAUUUUGAAUUUAAUUGAACUACCGUAAAUAAGUUUUCUCUCUUUUUUUUCUUAAUUACCAGUAUUAGGUAAUAAUUAACAUUGUGACUGAAAAGCCCUGUUGAAGGGAGUCUCAAUAAAGUAUAUUUGUACGUAUGUUCCGAAGUCUAACCCAGAAAAGUCGUUGGACCACAAAUUUCAUGGCUUUUAAACCUGAGCAGCCUGAUUUUUUUUGUUACCCUAAUAGUAAAAAGUGAACCCAUGGACAUUGACUUGGUGGACGCUGAACAAGUGAAGUCAGCGGAAACUAUCAAGAAACCAAUAAAACAAGAAGCUGUGAAAAAAGAAGUAAUGGUUGAAAAGACGCUUUCCAAUCUUCUUUCCACGCAGUCACUGGUAUGUAUGAAAAUCCUAAACUAAAUCAUAUUCUUGGUUGUGUUGCUACUAGUAAUAUGUUUCGUUUAUACUUUUACAACUUACGAAAAGUUGUAUAUUGUUGUUUUAUAGGCAUUCAAUCUCGCAAAAAGGGAAGGUAAAAAGUUAUAAAAAUUUUGCCAUUUUAGCAGACAAAAUUAAUUGUGUUUUAAAAGGGAUUAAUCUCGGGAAAGUCUUCAGGGUGCAAGGAAAAUCAUUUUUACAGCUUGCCAUUCGGGCAAGCUGAAGCUAGCAUUUACUAGCCCAGACGUCAUUUCAACUAGCCCCAAAACCUUUUUGACCAGCAGAAUUGAUUUCACAGUAAUUCUUCUGUAAUUCCAGUUGUAAUUCCAAUUGCUCAAAAAAUAUCAUCUACCCGUCGGGCAAGUUAAAAACAGAAUUCACUAGCCCGAUAGCAAAAUCCACUAGCCCCGGGCUAUCGGACAUUACUUUCUUUGCACGCUUGUCUUUCUAAUGAGGACAGACAGGUCUUCUCAAGAUCUUUUGUUAGCGAUGCUGCAGCAAAUUCUCUGUUUUUGUUUUUCGUACACAGCGUCGAAACACAAUGUAAGCUCAGUUGUUUCCUUUAUUUAUAAAACGCUCUAUUGAAACAAUUUGUAUGCGCCAAACCGUCACUUUUAUAAAACCCUUGUUUCGGCUGCUAGUUGUAACCAACUGUACAACGCACUCUAAUGCUCAGCAGUUCCGUUGUCAACGGCAUAACCUGCACGCAUGCACAUGCGCAAGCACUCGAAAAGGGUUAAUUGGCUCUGGUGCUUGCAAUCAGGUCUGUUACAUGGUGACGUAAAGCGUUGGAUUGCUUUAAAUUCAUUUUGGAAGCAGGGACCAACGUUACAAAAAAGAAGGACUGGAUUCUAAUAAAGGAUCUAAUCAGCUACAAGUUGAAAAAGAAUGUAAUUUGAUUUUACAGUCGGGAAUACACACUGUACAUAUUUUUGUUACCAAUAUUUCGGAAGGUACGGCCUUCUUUCUUCAGGGUAUUACAUACAAUGCUAAGGUCAAGGUAAGACGUUAGAAUUUGAAAAUCAGCCUUGCUUCUUUUGUUCUAAUGCUUGCAUUGAUUGGGUUGGUUAAAGAGCUUGUCUUACUCGCGUGGGUGGUAAAAAGUUGGAAACCUUAAUCAGUAAGCAUCAUGUUGCUCAACAGCCAAACAACAUUACAAACUGACAUAAUCACCAGGCACCUACAAGAACAAAAGUAAAGCAAUGCCAGUGAGCAUGUCUUUUAUCCCGCUUUUUGUAGGCAGGAGAGCAGUUAUUAUUCUUCCAGUUUCCUGAUGUGCUGCCUAUUAAGACAGAUGAGUCCCCCAUGCCUGUAGAUACAGAAGCAUCCGCUGAACAGACGGCUUCUGAGGAAAAGGUUUGAGGACUGACUGCAUAAGUAACUUUGGUCCAUCACACGGCACCGCCGGACCAAUUUUCAACCUAGCCCGGUUGGCAGGUGUUUGAAAUGAAAGGGGAAGGGGAUAGAAAAAAUUGACUUGACACCUCGUUCACACAGAACUGACGAACCAGGUUGAAUUUUGAAUUUUAUCAGAGGUUUUACCAUCUGCCCAUGCGUAGAGCGCAAAUUAAGAAAACCCAAAAUGGCGUCUCCCCGCUGAGUUACCACGCAUCCAUGCAACCACGCUUUUUCUGUACCCUAACCUGUUCGAGGCGGUCAGAUCGUGGGGACGGUGCAAAGAGAUUUGAGCAGAAAAGAAAAACAGCGAUGGGGGUAAGGUAGGAGGUGAGAGCGAAGUUUCCUUCCUCUUUCCAACUCCUCUCUUCCCCCUUAUUUUCUCCCGCUCUCUUACCUCGUUCCGCACUCCACUAUCGGAACUCCUGGAACAGGCAACCCAUUCGCUGAGUGGGUAAAAUCUCAGUACAAUCGACUCCAAUUACGCGCUCAUAUGCCACACGUUCACUGAUCAUUAACAAUUAUUCCUCGAGCCUGAAUGGGCUCUGAGUCAAUAGCCCAUGAGGCCGAAGGCCGAAUGGGCUAUUGACUCAGAGCCCAUUCAGGGCGAGAGGAAUAAUUGUUUUAGUAAAAUCCAACUAUUUGGUCAAAAAUAUCGAGAAUAAAAAAAAAUUAGCUACUUUUUGCCGCAGAAAAGCGCUUGCUUUUCGCUACUAGUAGGCUAUAACAUAUAGCCCAGUAGUAGCUCAACCAAUCAGAACGCAGCAUUGAUAAUAGACCACUAGUUGGAUUUUACUAAUUCGUUUUAUCCCCGUAUCCUCUCAUUCAAAGAGUAAGUUAUGGCGACAAUAUGAUUUUAGGAUGGUGCGGAUGAAACCAGUCGAUGGGUACAGUCAAAUGGAACCUCCUCAUUUGUAUUACACCAACCGCAUUUUUUUUAGUAUUUUUAUAAGUUACAAAUAAAAACUUGUGGAUUAUUUCGGGGGAAUCACGGAGGUAAAAGGAUCAAUAUAUCAAACUUUUAAUAUCUUCGAAUUUUUUUCUAUUCCGACCAGUAAGUUUCAUUACUUGUGAAACACUGAUCUGGAAUCUUAGUUAAAUAUUUCCUUACUUUUCCCAGCUUAACGCAUUGUCUCUCUGUAAAUUUCCUGUAUUAGCCUAAAGAACAAAAAAAGCUGUCGCUCAAAGAUGCUUCCGAAGGAUAUAUAGGAAAACUUCAAUUGCUCAGGUCUGGUAAAGCAAGGUAUGCAACUAUUGUAACAGUUUUCCCGUUUCUCUUUGAGCCCCUGCUACAACCAGUUGUAAAAAUAUUUAGACAUGCACUCCGACGAAGAACCGACCAUUCUUACCUCAAAUCGCUGCUAGUCGCGCGUCCAUGAGAUAUAAAACUCAGCUCCCUCCUCCCCUCCACAGGUAGCUUAAGUAUCGACGACAUCGACGGCAGCGAAAACCGGCGUCACUUUUAAAAUGAAUUCGUAUUUUUUCAAACUUUGUGGCGUUUAUUCCAAUUCACUACAAAUGUGAAAUGUAGGCGAAUUUCCCGGGAGUUGAUUUCUUGGGGACCGGACUCAAGUUUAGAAAGCGAAAAAAAAAAUUCGUCGUCGCUUGUUUACGUUCUCCAUAGUCGUAGUCUCGGCGAGCAGAGACGGCAAAGAAAUGUACAAAAAAGCGAGAUGAAGGUGCAAAGUUGUUGUUUUGCUAAUCAAACUUAUUACUUUUUUGCCGUUCUCGUUGUCGUCGCCGUCGUCGUUGCUUAAGCUCCCUAAUUACCUAAUAAGAUGCGCGACGAUUCCCGAACCUUUGGUUCGUUUUGCAAUUUGUAAAUCCUGUAUGUAAGAGUAUAUUUUGCGUAAACAAAGGAAAGCAUUUUUCUUUGUUACCCUGAUUGUGCAGACGAUUUGCUAUUACAGAUUAUUACUGGGCGAUGUAUCGUUGGAUGUCACCACGGGAACACCAUGCGGAUUUUUACAGGUAACUUAGAUCGGAUCAACCCUUGAGGAUUCUGGGUAACGGACCACCUACCCCUCCCCUAAGACAAGGGAAUUGAUCCUUAGAUUAUUCUCAGUGAUUUUGGCACCUUUGCGUCCUGCGUUCCUGACGCAUGAAAAUCCCCAAAGACGCAAAAUAAUUCAUGAAAUGCGUCCCGUGGGACCGGGCGCAAAGAACGAUCGAUCGAUUUGAAGAUUUUUUGGUAGAAUAUUCUGUUCGUGUGUUUUAUGUGGCUGUUGUUUUAAGAUGCAUAUUUAUUUAGUAUUCUUUGUGCUACAUUUCAAUUUCAGUAAACUGUAAUAAAGAGUUUUGGCGUCUGUGUCCAUAAAGGCCCAAGCAUUUUCAGUUUAGGACUCCUUGUUUCUUGAACUGGGACUCAUUUGUUAUGGACAUACUCAUGACUUUUCACAAGAUGAGUCCCAAGACCUACCUUAACUAUCUGUAACAAAAUCACUGCAUUCUACAGUUUAAAAAGUAACGUCUACUGUAAACAGUUCUGCAAACAGAAAGAGGAGGAUCGUGUCCAGUGUGGAAGUUGAACAGCCUCCUAUUUUACUUGUUUCCAGUUUGCUUAUAAAACCAAAUCCGAUUUUGUGGGUGACUUCUUAGACGCGGUACCACAGGGGUUUUGGAAAUUUAACUCAAGCGGAAGAAAAAUAGAGCCUGUUUUCGGAUAUUUUUAAAAACUAACCACAUUCUACAGUCAUUGAAACCUAGAAAUCGUAAAUAAUUUCAUUUUCGGGCCUGUGAAGUUAAUGAAUUUUAGUGUAGGGUUUCUGAAGUUGUGUAAAAUUAUGUGCACAUUACAGAUUCACUAAGAACUGCAUAUUUGCUACUCUCAUCUUCAAUAGACAUAACGUCAAAAUGCCAAAACUCAAGCGGAACGGCGAGUGGUUUCACUGCAUGCAAACUUUCGAACAAUUUGACGUCAUUUCUAUGGUCAAGAGGAUUAUAGACCAUGGAAAAUGGUCGUCGGUUUGUUUUUUACAAUAACAUUGACAGUUUUUGACGUUCCUUUCCCGAUGAAGUUUCUCGGAAAAUCGAACGCGAUGGAAAGAGAAAACAAACCUACCACCAUCAUCGACCAUGGCUUUUGACCUGCUGGCGCGCGAGGAUCGUUCAGUUUAAUAUUAUUGUAAAAUUUGUUUUACUCUUUCUUUUUUGCCAUUCUGGCGUAAUGAUAGACUUAGCUUCCGAGAAGGGUUGAUAUAGAGACGGACUUUCUUAACUGCUUUCCCUGGGAUUACGGUAUUUCCUUUAUUAAUCCAAGUUAUCCCUCUCAAAAUCGCCCCUCCCUCUUGUUCCCUCCUUAGAGUUAGCUUUCCUUGGGUAGUCGCCUCCUUUGUGUGAUAGAUGUUUCUCUUCCGUAAUCGCCUACUUUCCCUUCUUUUAGUCCUUUUGUCUUGUUUACAUACAUACAUUCAUAACCUUUAUUUUAACUCGAAUUUUAGAGUAGCUACACUAUAUAGCUAAUAUCUUCGAGAAACAAAUUAAGAUCUCUNAUCGUAAAUAAUUUCAUUUUCGGGCCUGUGAAGUUAAUGAAUUUUAGUGUAGGGUUUCUGAAGUUGUGUAAAAUUAUGUGCACAUUACAGAUUCACUAAGAACUGCAUAUUUGCUACUCUCAUCUUCAAUAGACAUAACGUCAAAAUGCCAAAACUCAAGCGGAACGGCGAGUGGUUUCACUGCAUGCAAACUUUCGAACAAUUUGACGUCAUUUCUAUGGUCAAGAGGAUUAUAGACCAUGGAAAAUGGUCGUCGGUUUGUUUUUUACAAUAACAUUGACAGUUUUUGACGUUCCUUUCCCGAUGAAGUUUCUCGGAAAAUCGAACGCGAUGGAAAGAGAAAACAAACCUACCACCAUCAUCGACCAUGGCUUUUGACCUGCUGGCGCGCGAGGAUCGUUCAGUUUAAUAUUAUUGUAAAAUUUGUUUUACUCUUUCUUUUUUGCCAUUCUGGCGUAAUGAUAGACUUAGCUUCCGAGAAGGGUUGAUAUAGAGACGGACUUUCUUAACUGCUUUCCCUGGGAUUACGGUAUUUCCUUUAUUAAUCCAAGUUAUCCCUCUCAAAAUCGCCCCUCCCUCUUGUUCCCUCCUUAGAGUUAGCUUUCCUUGGGUAGUCGCCUCCUUUGUGUGAUAGAUGUUUCUCUUCCGUAAUCGCCUACUUUCCCUUCUUUUAGUCCUUUUGUCUUGUUUACAUACAUACAUUCAUAACCUUUAUUUUAACUCGAAUUUUAGAGUAGCUACACUAUAUAGCUAAUAUCUUCGAGAAACAAAUUAAGAUCUCUGAACUGAACAAAAAAAAUACACACACAAAAUAAGACAAAAAUUUAAUAGCGAAAACUAAUCAAACGUAUUGAGACUUUGCACACGUCGCUCAAAAUGAGUAAAAGUACUACUCCUUAAUUCGUCGUGAAGGUCGUUCCAUUGCUGGGCGGAAAAAUAAGAAAAAGAGUGUAGUCCAUAGGUUGUCGUUCUUGGCUUGUUUAGAGUCAACAUAUGGGUAGCGCGCAAAUUAUAGGUUGUAUGGCGAACAGUAAACAUAUUCCUUAUAUGUUGGAUACUCGUUAAAAAGUAGACUCUUGUAAACUAGUAUUGAGAAAUUCUGAAUGCGCUUGUUGUAAAAAGAAGCUGCUGCUUUAUAUAACUUUUUGCAAGUUAUAAUCGAGUGAAUCGCUUUUCCAAGUCCAUUUCCCCACGAUCUCACUCUCUUAGAUUAUUUCCCUCCUUAGAGUUUAGAGGAGUUAAUUCGAUCCCUGCAAGCUCCCUUAGGGCAAAACAGUAAACUUGACCCGUUAAUUGUCGGUACUUAGAAUCGUAAAUGUAUCCGGCUAUAUGAAAGUGUUUGUGUGUUUGUGUUUCUGUAGGAUGUUGUAUCUGUUCACACUGAAGACAACCGGUCAGAGAUGAUUUGCCUUGGACACGUAAAACACCGCAUGAUCUGUACCCCUGACUUUGAGCACCUCCUCGCCGCAUCAUGAGUGCCAAACAGGGAGCUACUUGUUCAAGACUGCAUGCAUACUAAUGUCGUUCGUUGUCAUUACUGGAUAUGGUGGCUUGCGUUUUAGGAAAGAUUGGACGUGCACAGCAUAUUACGAAAUACAAUAUGCUAUAUUACGAAAUACAAUAUGCUAUACGGGGGCACCUAUCAUUUAGUAAAUUUGCGGUAAACCACUUGUUUAUCGCUCAGUCAAGGAUUCUGAAUAGGUUUAAGUCGCGGUCAAGAACAUAGGACAAGCCUUCUGACCAUGAUAUCCGGUUUGUAUUUUACAGAUCAAGUGCUAUUUACCCUUGAUCGAAUGGGCGUCAACAAUCAUUGAUUUAAUACGUCAAUAGUCAAUCUUCAUUGAGUUAAUUCGUUUUCACCGAAAAAAAGGACGUGUAUUUACCUGAAAAAAAAAAAAUUAAAAAUAAAUAAUAAAUAAAAUGAGCA